AUGACAGAACGGGCAGAACAAGAGAAGCCUCUAUCCAGAGCCGGAUCAAGUCAUCUUGAAUGGUGGGAAAGGAAGAAGGAUCGACUGGUCAACGACGGAGCACGCAAAUCAGUUCAGUCUCCAGUUAUUCCAGCUCUUCGGAAUAAAAACAGCUCAACAAAUGCACCUCCAAGGUUUGAUGCCUUCGAGAUCACUGCAAACGACGCGGAUCAGAAUAUCGACGUGAGCAUGUUUUUCCCGCACACUUUAGUCCUGCAGAUACUAAACGGAGUAAACGUCAAUUUAGCUGAUGCAUUUCGCAAAGGCCAGAAUGUGAAGACAAUUUGGUCUAUUAAGUGGACAAAGCUACCAUUCAUCGAUAACUUCGGGACGGACGCGCAGAUCCGAUUCAGUAACCCAACAACGUCGAAACUCGGAUGCCUGCGCCCCGCGUCGUACCGCAGCGAUAACGAAUAUAUCCCGGAAAGUGAGCUAGAACGAGAAGCGUCCAGUUCUCGUUUUUCCAAGAAGACACGAGACGUUCGGCAUUCGCAGCAGUCCUGA